CCCCCUCCCCCUCCGCCGCCGUCCCCGGAGGGAGGCGACGAGGAGGUGGAGAGGGCCAUGGGGAUGGACGGCGGCAUCCCUGGGACCUCCGGCGAGCUGCUGCGCCGCGUCUCCUCCCGCGCCUACGGCAUGCGCCGCCACCUCAUGGAGUCGCUCGACUCCCUCGCCUACGACGUGUUGGAGACAAACCCUUGGAGAGAACAACACCUGAAACCAGUCUAUGUGCUGGCUAGAAGAGACAAUCAACUAUGGACAAUGAAAACCCGUAGGAACCGCAGCGAAGUCGAAAGGGAGCUUGGAAUGCUUUUCUCAAAGGGAGGAGGUUCAGGAGUUGGGACUAAAUCAAAGUACUCUGGCUCCAAGUUUAGUAUGGUUGUUGAAGAUCUCACAGAGGGAGUACUGGUGUUUGAAGACGAGGAUGAUGCUGUAAAAUACUGUGACCUUCUACAGGGCGGUGGUCAAGGAUGCGAGGGAAUUGCAGAGCUAGAGGCUUCAUCAGUUUUCAACAUGUGCCGUCAAAUGAAAGCUCUUGCUGUCCUUUUCCGGCGUGGAAGGACUCCUCCAACGCCUCAAAGCCUCGAGCGUGACUUGAGGGCGAGAAACCGGUCACUGGAAGACUAGGAUCUUUGGGAUGCACGGUGUAGAUAUGUCAAUUGUAUUCUUCUAGCUGGUUGAAGCACAGGCCCUAUGCCUUGUAUACUAAAUGGUACAUAGAUGAUUCAAGCCACAAAAAAAUGAUGAAACAUAACUGGUACAUAGAUUCAGUGAUAGCCAAGAUGGAGUGGAAGUCAAGUCUGACAGAGUACAUAUUUAGCUUGAGAUUAGCAAUCUCUGUAAAACUGAAUAUCCUUGUAAUUAUUUACAUUCUAUUUACAGUGAAUAAAUAAGAUUCUUAAGUUACUAUGCCGUCA